AUGAUCUAUCCGCUCGCCCUCACGACGAUCCUCGCUGCCACGGCCACCUUGACCCAUGGCUUGACCGUGCCCGGCUCCUCGUCCACCGGUGGCGGUUUUGGCUUGGGGGUCCUGCCGAGGCAGCAGAAGCAGGCCAAGUCGAGCUGCCUGAACUCAAACCUCAUCCAGAGCGCCAGCGCCCUCACCGGCCAGGAGCCCGGGACGGACGGGAUCAAGGCGGGACAGGCCAAGUCAGAGACCGACCCCAAUAACUUCAUCAACUUCUGCGAGGGCCAAACCAUCACCAAUGGGCAGCAGAUCACGGCCGGGUCCUGCAGCGGCGUGCCCCAGGGCAAGAUCCCCGCGCAGAAGAACAUGAUCUCGGCCAUGAUCACGAACCCGCAGCCCGGCACGACGGUCGAGGCCGGCAAGACGUUCAACGUGUCGGUGCAGACGACGCACCUCAAGGCCGGCGUCUUCGUCAACCCGACGACCAACUACUACACGGCGCCGCAGGACCUCGACAGCUCCGGCGACAUCAUCGGCCACUGCCACGUGACGAUCCAGGACAUCGGCUCCCUCAAGUCGACGACGCCGCCGGACCCGACCAAGUUCGCCUUCUUCAAGGGCAUCGACGACGACGGCAACGGCAAGGGACUACUGCAGGCCACGGUCGACGGGGGCUUGCCGGCGGGUACGUACCGCGUGUGCACCAUGAUCGCGGCGGCGAACCACCAGCCCGUCAUCAUGCCCGUCGCGCAGCGCGGCGCGCAGGACGACUGCACAAAGUUUGAGGUCACCGGCGGCGGCGGCGGCGGCGCGACGAAGGAUGCCGGUGCGGCGAAGGGGGCCGGCGCGGCGAAGGGGGCCGGCGACGCGACGAAGAAGGCCGGCGACGCGACGGCCACGAAGCCUAAGAAGAGCUGCGACGCCGCCAAGAAGAAGGAGAAGGAGAAGAAGAAGGGCGGAAACUGA